GGAUGGAGCUACAAAAACCGCCGAUACCGCCGACUGUACCCGACGACGAAGAACGGAAAAGAAGAGCAUUUGCCGACGUCGACGAAUUUACGGUAACAACACAUGAGCGUUCGCUUUGUAAGAAGACCAAAGCCGAGCGAGAACGCGCGUGGCGUCUAUGGAAUAGAUUUGUCACAGAUGUGUUACAAUUAACACAACAAGAGGCUGAUAAGAUUUGGUUUGGCGUGUGCCAAAACAAGAAAAAGUCCAUUGCUAUCUGCAAGAGCUUUCUGGCUGACUAUACACGCUAUGCAAGAUGCAGGCGUCUGUAUAUAGACGGUACCGAGGAACAGAAGCAGGUACCAACAGUUCAAUCAGUAGUGACUAUUAUUGCUUUAUGGAAGCAUAUAGUAGCUCAAGCUGAUGCUGUAGUGCUCGCGAAGAGAAGGGAUCAAGAUUCAAACGAAGAUUCAGACGAAGAUUCCGAACAAUGGACAUUGCUUAACAACCGUGGCAAGGCCCGUAGAGAGAUUAUCCAGUGGAUCCAAUCAACUCUUGCACAAAAGUUCAACCUUUCAUGCAAACAAACAUUUGAGAAAACCGAAGCCACAACAGACGAUGUUCUGCUUAUUCUUAGCACUUUGUGGGAACGCGCAGUCGAUAUACCUUGUGAUCCUAGACAUCGGCUUGCCUUUCAUACAUUGGUGCUUAUAGGAAGCAUUGGCUUUCGGCC